AUGUGCGACGAAGAAGUGGCUGCACUCGUGGUUGACAACGGAUCCGGAAUGUGCAAGGCUGACUUUGCUGGUGAUGAUGCUCCGCGCGCCGUCUUCCCGUCAAUCGUCGGUCGCCCUCGUCAUCAAGGGGUUAUGGUUUGGUUUAUACACACGAAAGAGUAUUUGCACACGCUGACGGGCCACACAGGGUUAGUCGACUCACUUUUGUUUGAGCCAGAGCGCGAUCUUGUCGUGUCGGGCAGUCGUGACGGAACUAUUCGCGUCUGGGAUGUGCAAAGAGGAACAUGCAUCGCACAUUUUGUCUUUCAUGAAGGGUCACGGUUCAGUGGUUGGUUUGGGAUGCAGCUUCGCGGAAACAUUUUGGCCUGCUAUUACGCCUCGGAAGUUAAGGUUUGGGACAUUCGUGAGGGUGGCUCGUGCCUUCACCACUUACCCGGCCAAACGUUGAACUUCAUCUCUUCAAUGCAAUGGCUCGACUCCGGACUUUUGGUGACAGGUUCGGAAGAUGGCUCGGUGAAGCUGUGGGAUGUGGACAAAGGUACCUUCGUUCGGGAGCUCGUUCGAUCUCGUUCGGAUGACCCUCGCGGUUAUUUUUGGAAUCUCAAAGCCACUGAAACAUUGCUCGUAUGUGGAGCCCAAUCGGUAGAGGAGAGAAAGAUCAUCUUGAUCGAUUUUGACGCAUCAUAUCCA